AACCCAAAAAAGAUUGUUCGAUCUUCUAAACCCAAAAAGCUCAAUUGAGUUCGCGAGAUACCCUUUAGCGUUGUUUUGCCCUCCUCAAACAAACCUGUUGUGCUAAGCAAAGCGACGACGGUGGAAGUCGUAUCGUCUUCUCAUCCUUUCACAAACAGCUGUCAUCUUGGUUUUCCCCUCAGAUUCACACAAGGAAAACAGAAUGUUGUAACUCAGUGAGCUUGAGUAGACGGUAGCCAAAAUUGAGAAUUGUCAAUUGCUUCGUUUGGAUUACAGGAAGGAACCACCCUAAGAGCUGCAGUAUAAGAUUUUCAAUUUUCCUGUGUCAAUUUUCCCUCAGAUUACUGUUUACUUAAAGGAAAAGAGACUUUCAUAAUUCAAUGAAGCAUGAGUAGAUGGCAGUCAAAGUUGAAGAUUGUCAAUUACUUCCUUUCGAUUAUUACAAGAAGGAUCAAUCCCUAAAAUCUGCAGUAUAAAUCAUUCAAUUUUCUGGUAAAGAAAAUUCGUCUUAAAUUUUUCUGAUCAAAUUCCAUGGCGCUUUAGCGCUGCUGUGGCUCCUAUUUGACAACCGUGCUUAGAAUCUUUGCCAGUAAUGGAAGUGGGAGUGGCGGAUCCUUACACAACAAAUCCAGGUCCAAUUGAUGGUUCAGUUCUAUAUGAUCAAGACAAGCAUGUAUCAACAGCAGUUUGGGAAGGGCAGCAGGAGCGCGGUGCCCUCAGAUGUCACGAACACACUUCAAAACUUGAUCAGUGGACACUUACACCAAAACAGAUUGAAUUGGUAGAGAAGGCUGGAUUUGGGUACUUAAGGUCAAUUCCAGCAAUUAGUCUAGACAAUCCACUAAUCUCUGCUCUAGUUGAAAGAUGGAGAAGAGAAACAAACACUUUUCACUUGAAUGUUGGUGAAAUGACAGUAACCCUUAAAGACGUUGCGCUCUUGCUUGGGCUGGCAAUUGAUGGGGAACCUGUAAUAGGCCUGACAUAUACCUCAUGCAGUUCCGUUUGUGAAAAGUAUCUUGGCCGAUCACCUGAAUCGGGUUACACAAGUGGCGGGAUGGUGAAGCUAAGUUGGUUGAAAGAGUUCUUUUCUCGAUGUCCUGAUGAUGCUCCAAUUGAAGUGAUCGAGCAACAUACUCGUGCUUAUCUUCUUUAUCUUGUAGGUAGCACCAUAUUCUCCACAACUACAGGGAAUAAGGUCCCUGUAAUGUAUUUGCCGCUGUUUGAGAAUUUUGUUAGAUGUGGACAAUAUGCAUGGGGCUCGGCGGCUUUGUCAUUCUUGUAUAGAGCUCUGGGAAAUGCCUCGCUAAGAACUCAAAGCACCAUCAGUGGCUGUUUAACACUACUGCAGUGUUGGAGUUACUUUCACCUAAAUGUUGGACGACCAAAGCUCAGUCUCGACAUGAUGCAUGAUCGAUUUCCCUUUGUGCUUAGAUGGAAAGGAAAACAAAGUGGCCCAACUGCAAAUCGCGAUGUGGUAUUUUAUCGGAAAGCUUUGGAUUCCCUAAAACCAUGUGAUGUCGAAUGGCUCCCCUACAGAAACAUGGACAGUAUGGUAAUUCCAGAUCAUAUCAAAAGCACUUUAAUUCUUGGGAGGUCAAAGACAAUGCUAAUAUGCUUUGACAAGGCCGAAAGACAUCUUCCAAAUCGGUGCUUAAGGCAAUAUGGCAUGCUUCAAUCAAUUCCGGAUGAUGUGGAGCGGUGGGAGAGGAAAAGUAGAGGCGUUGACGGUGGGGUUGAUUUGUCCGGAAAAAUGGAAUCAGAGCUUACUGAGUGGAUGGACCGUCAGCUGCACAUUGUCGACGGGGACGAGGGUGUUGAUGAAAGCGAGUACAUGGAUUGGUAUAUGAGGAUUACCCGCAAGUUCAUAGGGAGGCCAAUUUCGCUGUCAUCCGAGUUUCAGAGAACGAAAAUAAACAAAUCCUUGCAGAAUGCUGGUCUGAGGGAUAUUGCACACAUAGCCGAUACUUUUUCAACCAAAGGGUUAGAUCCGCAACAAAUAGAAUCAAUCUCUCGGAUAAGAUAUAUUGCACAUGAAUGUUUGAGAGACCAAAUCAGUGGUCCAACAAUAGUAACAGCCACACCUCAAACUGAACAUGGAAAAAGAAUAAGGGGAAAGGAGAGGGUCAGAAGAAAAGGUGGGGCGGGUAAACGAUUGCGGAAGGAUGGUGUGAUUCAAUAUAACGUUGUUAGUGAGGACGAACAAACUCAAUUCUAUGGCACCACUAUUGAGGUUGGCCAGUUGCAUCUAAGUCACAUGGAUAGAGAGAUGGAGCAUCAUGCACAAUUAUGUACUGUGGAAAAUGCAGUAAGUUCUGUCCAUAUGCUUCACGCAGAUGCAGAGAAUAUGCACCUCUGCGACACACAUCUUGGGGUUGAUCAAUCUGAGCUAGGCUAUGAUGAUGAUGAAAACGACGAUUUUAACCAUGAUGAUCUAAAGCAAGAAGCUGACGAGGAAAUAAAAGAAGAGUUUAGCCAUAUGAAUUCUGAGCAAAAUAUUGAGGAGCUGCAUGCAGGGAAUGAGAUUGAUCAAGAUCUACGACCGUGUGAUCAAAUUGUGAUUGAUGAUUCACAGUUUUGUGAUGUAAGUCACGAGAUCAACAACGCAACGCUUUCAGAUGAUGCAGGUGAAGUCAAUCACAAUCAUUUUGUUGAUCCCGAUGAAGUCGAUCCUCAAGAAUUCAAUCCAACAGAAGAUUUUGUCAAUUCUCAACUUUCACAUGUUAAUGAUGAAAGUGAACUACCAUCAUCUGCUAUGGCAGCAAUAGAAGUGUCUCAACAUUCUUCAAUUGAACCUCAUGGUGAUAUUUCCCAGAAAGGCGAUUGUAGUGUUGCUGUAUAGUGCAUAGCUUACAUUUACAUUUAUUUGUAGAGAAGCAAAAUACAAAAAAUUUUAGGCAGACUUAAUUUUUAUGAGAAGUGAUCAUGCCAUGUAUAAUUAUUUAUAUUCAUUUUUUGAUGCCUAACUUGCCUUUUCUUA